CAAUAACAUUUAAACAAAGUUAAUCUAAAUUUAAUAUUAUUUACUAUUCUUUGAACAAAUAUUUUAAAUAUACAACAAGUUUUUUAUAAUGAAUAAUUUGGUGCAAUGACACUGAUUCACACUGUAUACGUAAAUCGUCAACUCAACAUAACAUCCAUAUUUUAAAGUCAAACUGGAGCUGCCGACUUGUAUUGAAAAAUCCUAACGUUUAACUGCCUUGACCAUCAGUUCUAUACAUUUUGUUGUUUCUCCAUCCACAAAAAUGGCUAACGAAUUAACCAACUCAAAAGACAUGCCAGAACUGGAUUUUGAAUCGGAUAAAUUUGAUCCAUUAACUGUUUUAACAGCUGAUGUAAAACUGCUUACCAUACCUGAUCCGAAGGCAAAAACUUAUAACCAUCUCGAGGAAUAUGAAAGGAAAAGUGGUGCCAAACAACUAGGACUUCUCGGAGAGAUCGAGCAAGGUACUUCAUCUAAAGCUGCCACUGUCAGUUCAACAGAGGUUAAAUUAUUUGAUGAUGGUUUAAAAUUUAAUCGAAAAGCUCGUGAGGAAGAAUUGAAGAAAACUUUGACUCCUGUAGUGCGCUCCAAGAAAAAUCAAAAGUCAGUACUAUCCAUAAUGAAUUCGGACGUUGCUGGUCCUGUGGCAUUUUUAUUCAAAUGUGUCAAUCAACGUGUAAAAGUUGUUAUUAGAAGACGACGAAUAGUUUUUCAAAACCAUGAUCAAUACGCUCACCUUUUUGGUAAUUUGGUUGCAUUUGAUAAACACUAUAACCUGGUUUUGUCUGAUGUUGUCGAAAGGAUAAGUUUAAAAUCAGAUGAUAAAAAUAUUGAAAAAAAUUUACCACAAAACAAGAGGAGAACUUUCAAAACAAUUUUUAUUCGUGGGUCCAAUGUUAUUUUUGUAUCACUUGAAGCUAAAGAUCAGUUUUCUGAGACUAUUUCGUUUGAAGAUAAUCAACCGUCAACAAGUAAACAGGAAAGUAUAAAACCAGAAUAAAAGAUUAACAAAAUAAUUUAAAAUUUAUAUUAUGCAUUAGAUAAUUAUAUGAGCAACAAUAUAAAUAUAUAUAAUCAAUGUACAAUGAAAUAUUUUGCGAUCACAAAAUACAUAUAUGUAUACAUAAAUAUAUAAAAACAGUGAGCAUCAAUGAAA